AUGGUCAAAUUGAACUCUGGAUACGAUAUCCCAGCUCUCGGAUUGGGAGUGUACCUGGUACCCCAGGAAGAUGCGGCUACAGUAGUGUACAACGCUUUGAAGAUUGGCUACAGACACAUCGACACGGCCCAGGUGUACAAGAACGAACACGAAUCAGCUCAAGGUCUCUUGAAAUGGAUUAACGAAGGCCUUGGAAAGAGAUCCGAGGUGUUUUUCACCACCAAGGUUGGCAGCCCAGAGGGCUACGACCACGUCGUGCAGGUGGUCAACGAAUCUCUGGAGAAAACCAAGGGCUUGGAGUACUUGGACUUGGUAUUGAUUCAUUCCCCAUUGACUGACAAGGAGAAGAGAAUUGCCAGCUGGAAGGCGUUGCAAGACCUCAAGGAUAAGGGCCUGAUCAGAUCCAUUGGUGUUUCCAACUACGGUAACCACCACAUCAAGGAGUUGGAGGAGUGGGACGGCCUCAAGUAUUUGCCAGCUGUGAACCAGAUUGAAAUCAAUCCAUGGUUGAGACGUGAGGAUAUCACCAAGUACGACUUGAAUUUGGGUAUUCAAAUCGAGGCUUACUCUCCGCUCACCAGAGGAUACAGACUUAAGGAUCCAGAGCUAGCCAAGAUUGCUAAGAAGUACAACAAGUCUCCAGCCCAGAUUUUGAUCAAGUGGUCCUUGCAACAGGGAAACAUCGUUCUGGUCAAAUCCAACAGCGAAGCCAGACAAUUGGAGAACUUUGAGGUCCAGGACUGGGAGUUGUCCAAGGAGGACUUGGACUUCUUUGCUGAUGAGUACUAUGUUAGUCACAAGGCAUGGGAUCCUGUUACUUACCAGGGUUAA